AUAGGAUCAAAACAACAAGGAGAAGAACAUAACAUGAGAAAAGAAAAUGAGAAUAAAAAGAAGACAGGAAUAAGACGACAAAAAUGAUUUAAAAAAAGAAGAAGAAAAAAGACCAUGAGAGAAGAAAGACAACCAGAAGAAGGGAAAAGAGAGAACAAGACAAGGAGAAAAAACAAGACAAAAGAGAUGAGGAAGACAAGAAAGAGAAGAACAGAAAGAAUGAGAAGAAUGAAGAAGAAGACAAAAAGGUUAAAAAUAAGACAAGAAAGAGAAGAGGGGAAAAAGUAGCAGAACAGCGACAAAAGAUGCCUUAGAUUAAAAUGUUCAUCCCAAAGUUCAUCAUAAUACUAACUUGCUUACCUGUCAAUAUUGUAAUAUGUAAACAGGAUUUUUGCACCACGUAAUGAUGUAAUAAUGUUAUAGGCAAAUAUGUGAUACAGUAUACAGUAUGUACUGAUGUAAACUUGUAAUAUUGUACUGUAACUUUGCACUAUAAUAUAUAAUGAUGCACUCUUAUAUGUAAACAUAUAAUAUGUUAUAUUGGACUAUGUAAUGAUGUAAUAUAGUAUAUACUGAUGCAAACAUGUAAUAUGUUGUACUGUAACUUUGCCCGUUAAUACAUAAUGAUGCAAUAUUGUAAUAUGUAAACAUGUAAUAUGUUGUAUAAUGAUGUAAUAUUUGUUAAGUCUAAGCACAAGAUGACGACAUGUCAGUGAUGUAACAAAAUGUGUGCGUCGUAGUCUAUCGUCCUUACAUCAUCCUGGCACACCGCAGGCCACGCCCUCCUUAUCUCCCUUUUUGUGGAAACUGGAGACCACGUGACCCUCAACCACGAUAGACACGCCCCUUUGUGUCAGUUUUAAUGACGACAUGACAGGCCAGCAAAGGGGAUGGGGCAUAUGAGGAAGGUCUAUGCUUGAUGGACAGGCAUAAAUAGACUCCGUAGAAAGGAGACAAGACGUUAACAGAUUAGAAGUUAAGGGGAUGAACAGUUAACAUUCAAUGCUAACUUUCGAGCAUGUUGCUCCUUCUGCGAAUGAUGAUGAUGAUGAUGAUGAUGAUGAUGAUGAGCGGGAGUCAGGAGGUUGUGGUCCAGCCUGAGGAGGUCCAAGACUUGUCUCCUGCCAGUUCCUGGUUGAUGUUCCUCAACAACGCCAACAAGGAAGCUUCUAAAAGAACACCAAAGGGCCCUCCAGGCCCACAAGGAUCCAUCCUACCUGAACAGCAGCAGGUCAAACUGGCAGAUGUGACGUCAAAAACAUGCGUACAGUGCGAGCGCCCUCCCCGAGUCCCAGCCUCCUUCCUGGGCCGCCUCCCGCGGGCCGUCAAUGUUCCUCGCCGCAGUCUGCAGGAGCUCUCCGGCUUCCGUCAGGCCAGCCUCUACCAGAGAGGUCAAAGCUUCAACGCCAGCUAUGGGCGGUUCACGGCACCGCUGCACGCCUUCUAUCAGCUGAGUGCCAACCUCCUGCUACAGUCAGGUGACCGUGUCCUCAUGCGACCUCGAGAUAACGUGAGAGCCGCCAUCUGCCUCAAUUCCCUCUGUCAGAGUAACCUGUCCAUAGAGUCUGUGAUGGGCGUGGCCAACGUAAGAGGAGCAUUCAGGAUCUUCCUCACAGGAACAUUCUUCUUACAGCAGGCUGGAGAGUACGUGUCCAUCUUCGUGGACAACAACACAGGCUCGGCCGUCCGCGUCCUGCCAGACUCUUUCUUCUCUGGAAUACUGCUGGGAGCUUGACUUCCUGUUACCACUUGGACUUAGACAAACUUUAUUGAUCCACAAGGGAAAUUGUUCCACACAGUAGCUCUGUUACAAAGGUCGGAAAGGGUAAGGAUGGAAAGGAUAAUGCAGGUAUAAAGUAGACUAAAAUGUACCAUAGUAGCAAUAUAAAAUAUAACAUUUACAUACACUUGUAAAGAACUUAGUCAUGGCUGUGUUGAGUUUCCAAUCAUUUCUACAACUCUUAUUUUUUUGUGAUAGAGUGAUUGGAGCACAUACUUGUUGGUCACAAAAAACGUUCAUAAAGUUUGGUUCUUUUAU